AUGCAAUACCUAGAAAAGAUGAAAGAAUUGUUAGAAAAGUUGGAACAUUUCGAAGUUAAUCUAGUAUCGAGAGCACAAAACUCACCAGCGGAUGCCCUUGCAAAACUGGCAAGCUCAAGUUUCAAUGAUUUAGAGCGCACAGUUAUGGUGGAGAUUUUGAAGCAAAAGAGUAUAGAUGAAGCUCUGGUAGAAGUGAAUUGUAUUGAUAAUGACAGGCAAUGGUAUGAUGAUCUUUUGGCUUAUAAGCUCUAUGUGCUUCCUAUCGAUAAGAUAGAAGCACGAAGAUUUAGGCGAGAUAGCAUAUGGUUCCUUAUGUACCAAGGUGCUAUGUAUAAAAGGGGUUUCUCCCUCUCCCUGCAAAGGUGUAUAAAAACCUUUGAGUUUGCAAAAUUGAUUGAAGAAAUACAUGAAGGCAGUUAUGGCAACCAUAUCGGUGAAAGAGCUUUGUCUUUAGAGGCAAUGAAACGGGAAUAG